AUGGGACAAGAAUCCGACCCUCUUUGGGAAGGAAAACUCACCGUCGAGCUACCAUCCACCGCACCGGAACAAGCAUGGUCAGCCUUAGAGGAUUUCUGCAACCUACACAAAUGGAUCCCAAUACAGACAUCUCACUACGUUGAAGGUGUUCAAGGACAACCUGGUUUAGUUCGUUACUGUUCCUCAACGGUAAAAGGGGUUGUUGAGGAUGAGUCUGAGGCUACGGUUAAGUGGGCGAAAGAGAAGCUGUUGACGAUGGAUCCUUUGCAACGUUGUUUGUCGUAUGAAAUUGGUGAGAACAACAUGGGGUUUAAGUCUUAUGUGGCGAUGAUGAAAGUAAUACCGGUGGAGGGUGAUGGUGAGACGGUUGGGUGUUUGAUUGAGUGGGGCUUUGUUUGUGAUCCGGUGGAAGGUUGGAGUUUUCAAGAAUUUAGCUCUUAUAUUGAGUACUGUCUUCAGUUCAUGGCUAAGAAGAUUGAGAUUGAAGGCUCUGUUCCUGGUUGA